AUGGUCAGAGUGGCAGUCGCAGGCGGAACUGGUGGAGUUGGUUACGCUAUCGUUGACGCUCUCAAAGCACAAACAGAACACGAAUUCAUUGUUUUGAGUAGAACAGAAUCACCCGAAUAUGCAGCAAAAAACAACGUAAAGGUUGUUUCGAUUGAUUAUUCCGAUGUCUCACAAAUCUCAAAGAUAUUCGAUGAACAUAAUAUUCAUACGGUUAUUUCGGCUUUGUGUAUUGUUUCAAAAGAGCACAGCGACUCACAGUUGAACCUUGUACGAGGUGCUGCUGGUUCCCAGUCUGUGAAGCGAUUUGUGCCUAGUGAGUAUGGAAGUGCUUAUGAAGAAAAACAUGCGCUCGCUCGCCCAAGCACUGGCCUCAAAGCAGUUGCCGUGAAAGAGCUUGCCAAAACUCACCUCGAAUAUACUUCAUUCGUCAAUGGUCUCUUCUUAGAUUAUUUGUGCAUGCCCGCGGUGCCAAGUCAUCUUGCAGCUGGAAUAAGAUUCUUCGACAUUCCCAGCAGAACCUCGGUAGGUAUUGGAUCAGGGACAGUACCUUUGGUUAUGACCCAUACAAGAGACGUGGGCCGCUUUGUCGUUGCUAGUCUUUCCUUACCGAAGUGGGAGAAUAGAAGUUUUAUUGUUGGGGAUCGACAGUCCUGGCAUGAUGUGAUAGAUAUAGCAGGGAAAAUUACUGGUGAUAAAUGGACAAUCACUGAUGAACCCUCUAAAAUUCUUAGUGGGCAGGUCAUCGAAGCACCGGCUCAUAGGGCUGCAUACUCGGCCUCGCUGAAAGAGCAUGGAGACUGGUUUGAAUCAGGAACAUUUAGUUUCGACCCUAAAGCUCCGGAUUCCGUGUAUCUUAACGAAUUGUUCCCAGAAAUAAUCCCUCUUACGGUAGAAGAUGGCCUCAAGACUUUGAUUAGUGCUUCCUCUAGCUAG